ACGUAGACUGGGAUGGUGAAAGGCAAGAGUUUGUAACAGAAGAUUAAAGAGAUUACAGGAAGGACAAGUGUCAUAUUGGGUCAUCCUGGAAAAACAGAAGCAGGGAGAAGAAAUAUUUCUAUGAAAUUAAAAAACAGAGCAGUGAUGCUGUUGGUCGGUGCGGCAGAGGUGCGGCUCCGCAGGGCAGCCGAGGAGGAGGAGGAGAGGGAGCCCCCGCCACCUCAGCCACCCUCCCACCACUCCAACCACCAGUUCGCCAGCAUGAAGAACAAGUUCUUCAAUGAGAUCACACACCUGCCAAACCAUAAACUUAAAAUGCCCAUGUGGGCUGUGGGUGCCAUUGUGGUAGUGGUCCUCGCCCUCGUCGCCUGCCUGGGAUUCUGCAUCUACAAGAAGUGCUUCAUCAAAGGCAAGAAGCCCAAGAAGGUGCGCGAGAGAAAGGGAGGACGAGGGCGCAGGAAGAAGGACAAGGAGGGAGAGGAAGCAGAGGAGAAGAAGGAAGGAGAAGAUGGGAAGGAGGAAGAAGAAAAGGAGUUCUUUGGCAAACUGGAGUACACGUUGGAUUAUAACUUCACAGAAAAUCAGCUGAUAGUCGGCAUCCUCCAGGCUCAGGACCUCCCAGCUAUGGACAUGGGUGGGACCUCAGACCCAUAUGUUAAAGUCUAUAUGCUGCCAGACAAGAAGAAGAAAUUUGAAACCAAAGUCCAGAGAAAGAAUCUCUGUCCCGUCUUCAAUGAGACCUUCACCUUUAAGAUACCCUAUAACGAGCUGGGUGGUCAGACUCUAGUGCUGCAGGUUUUUGACUUUGAUCGCUUUGGGAAACAUGAUGUCAUUGGUGAUCUCAAGAUCCCCAUGAACACUAUAGACCUCGGACAGCCAAUACAUGAAUGGAAAGAUCUAGUUGGAGGAGAAAAGGAGGAGCAAGAGAAGCUGGGUGAUAUCUGUAUUUCCCUUCGCUACGUCCCCACAGCUGGUAAGCUGACAGUCAACAUCAUGGAAGCUAAAAACCUGAAAAAGAUGGAUGUCGGAGGACUGUCAGAUCCUUUUGUUAAGGUGGUGCUGCAACACAACGGGAAGCGACUGAAAAAAAAGAAGACGUCAGUGAAGCAAAACACACUGAACCCUUACUUCAAUGAGAGCUUCAGCUUUGAAAUCCCCUUCUCCCAGAUCCAGAAAGUUCAGGUACUGAUCACUGUGUACGAUUAUGACAAGCUGGGCAGCAACGACCCUAUCGGCAAGUGUUGGAUCGGCUACGGUGCGUCAGGCGUCGGCUUGCGUCACUGGUCAGACAUGCUGGCCAACCCCAGGCGCCCUGUGGCCCAGUGGCACACACUGCUGCCUGAGGAGGAGGUAGAUGCAGCCCUGAAGGCCCCCAUUCGCUAAACACAAACACAGCAUCGUCUAUGUAACCAUGACAAUAUUUCAUUUUAACCAAGCAACCACUAGUUCUGUGUGACCUCUGACUAAAACUAAAGAAUGUAAUGUAAUGACCAUGUAAUGUUGUGUCAUUUCUGGAAUUACUUUCACGGUUCAUAGUUGUGCUUUAUAUUGGAUUGAAUAUAUAAAGUAUGAAUAUGAGCACAUUGGGCACAUAAAGCACACUGGGAUUUCUACAAAGUAACAGCAGAGACCCCCUGAUCUGUGAGGUGAGGGUCACAUGACCGACAAUUUACCUGACGUGACUGGUGUACAGCGUUAAAAAAGACAGAUUCAAUCAAAAUAAAAAUUGUUGUGGUUGGAAUUCUUCAUCUUGUGUAAAUUAGGGAUGAUUUUACUUACAGGGUCGAUUUCUCUGCCUGUCACGUGAAACACCACAGAAAGUGUUCUCCUUUACAACCAUUCACAGUUUAAAGUUUGAAGUUUUCUUUUACCGUUUGUUUGCUUUAUAAAUACCCUGGUAACACUGUUGUUUUAUUUUGAAAUCUUAUGUUAUCUUUGAAAUUUCUUGUAUUUAUUAGUUACCUCUACUUGUGGAUGAAUGAGGACAUUCUUCUUGGUUUGUGGUCAAUGUGAACACGCCCAUGUUUGUGUUGUACACGCCCAUAUUAAUACAAUGAGAAGCUGGUUCUGUGUUUAUUAAAUACCAUGUGAGUGUAAUUAAAUAGCCAAAUAAAGAAAAUGUUUUCAGUU